GUACUGGUUCCAGGUGUUGUACUGGUUCCAGGUGUUGUACUGGCUCUUGGAGUUGUACUGGAUCCAGGUGUUGUGCUGGUUCCAGGUGUUGUACUGGCUCUUGGAGUUGUACUGGUUCCAGGUGUUGUGCUGGCUUUUGGAGUUGUACUGGAUUCAGGUGUUGUACUGGCUCUUGGAGUUGUACUGGUUCCAGGUGUUGUGCUGGCUCUUGGAGUUGUACUGGAUCCAGGUGUUGUACUGGCUGUAGGAGUUGAACUGGAUCCAUGUGUUGUACUGCCACCUGGAGUUGUAUUGGAUCUGGGUGUUGAAUUGGCUCCUGGAAUUGUACUGGAUCCAGGUGUUGUACUGGCUUCCUGGAGUUGUACUGGAUCCAGGUGUUGUACUGGCUUCUACUGGAGCUGUACUUGGAUUCACGUGUUGUACUGGAUCCAGUGUUGUACUGGAUCCAGGUGUUGUACUGGCUUCUAUAGCUGUACUGGAUUCAGGUGUUGUACUGGAUCCAGGUGUUGUACUGGAUCCAGGUGUUGUACUGGAUCCAGGUGUUGUACUGGAUCCAGGUGUUGUACUGGAUUCUAUAGCUGUACUUGAUUCAGGUGUUGUACUGGAUCCAGG